AUGGCCCUCACACCAAGGCGACUCGCUACAGAGCUCGGCCUCCUGACAAUCGCCGGCGCCCCUCGCGACGUGCCCCUCAUAUACCUCACACGCUUCUUCCGAAUGGCCGCCUACGGCUCUGUCUCACUCAUCCUGGCGCUCUUCUUCGCAUCCCUCGAGAUCUCUGAGACUCGCAUCGGCCUCUUCAUGACACUCACCUUGCUCGGCGACGUGGUGCUGUCGCUCGGUCUGACCCUCAUCGCGGACGCCGCCGGGCGCCGCCGGAUCCUCCUCCUCGGCUGUGCCGGCAUGGUCCUCGCCGGCGCGGCAUUCGCUGCCUCCAGCAACUACUGGCUGCUCCUGCUUGCCGCCGUGAUAGGUGUCAUCUCCGUCUCGGGAAACGAGAUCGGGCCGUUUCGCGCCGUCGAGGAGAGCGUUCUCGCGGGGCUGGUCGGGGAGGAGGGGCGGAGUGAUGUCUUUGCGUGGUAUGUCGUCGUCGGCACCCUGGGCAGCGCGGCGGGUACCGCUGGGGCGGGGCGGCUUGUGGAAGGGCUGAAGGGUCGGGGCUGGACGGAGCUUGAGGCCUUCCGCGCGGUGUUCUGCUUGUAUGGGGCAGUGGGAGUGGUCAAGGGGGUCAUCACGUCGCUUCUGAGCCCUAGAUGUGAGGUCGAUAGUGGCACAAACGCAUACCAACCGGUGGGGGCGAAGCAGAGCCGGCCUACUGUGGCUACCGAUGAAGCUGAAGAUGAUGGUGAUGAGGGACCGGCACAGUCGAGUGUGGAAGAACGACCUGCGCCUCGGCCAAAGCCGAAGAUGAGCUUCGCACAACUGUCAAGCAAAACACGAUGGACGCUCUUGCGACUAUGCGCUCUCUUUGCGGUCGACUCACUGGCUUCCGGCAUGGCAGCAAAUUCUCUCGUCAACUUCUACAUGGACCGCAAGUUCCAUAUGCCGAAGAGCACGCUAGGAGAAAUCAUGUCGGUGGUCUGGGUCAUGGCCAGCAUUGGCAACGUGUUUGCAUCUGCCAUCUCGAAGCGCAUCGGGUUGGUCAAGACCAUGGUGUUCACCCACCUCCCCUCUGCCAUCUUUCUGGCGCUAUUUCCUGCGCCGAGUGUUGUCUGGCUCACCGUGGUCCUCCUCGUCGCGAGGGGGACCUUGGCCAGCAUGGACCAAGCACCGCGAUCGGCAUUCCUGAGCAAGGUAGUUGCAGCAGAGGAGAGGACGGCUGUGAUGGGUAUUGUGAAUGUGGUCAAGACGCUGAGUCAGAGUGGUGGUCCUACUUUCACGGGCAUAUUGGCAGGAUCAGAUCGAUUCUGGAUUGCGUUUGUGGUGGCGGGGUCGAUGAAAGCAUCUUAUGACCUGGGCUUGUUGACUUUCUUCCUCAAGGUGGAGAAGCAGGCUCAGGUAGGAAAUCAGGAGGAGAGAGACUUGCACGUGGAAGAGCAUCAGUUUGAGGAGCUCGAUGAUGCGUUCGAACUGGACAGCAACGACGGGGAAUCUGCAGGAGACAGCACGCCGAUGAAGGAAAGGUCAUUUAGCUGA